AUGGCUUCAUCUACGUUCCACCCUUUCCCUCGACUUCCUCUCGAACUGCGACAGCAAAUCUGGAGAGAAGCCUGUUUCCUAUCAGGCCCAUUUCAGCGAGGCUUACAGUACCUUGAUAUCACGGAACAUAUCCGCCUACAUGAUAGACGGAGGCCUUUGGAGGCCUGCAAAGAGUCCAGAGAGGUUAUCAUAAAACACACGCACUUCGAAGAAUGGAUUCAGUUACAGAACCAAGCCAUCGAAGAAGGUCAUGGAUUGAUGGGUUACGCGGCCGAUUGGGAUAGUUGCGAAGCGGCCGGACACACCAACGCAAUUAAAGAGGGCAAUCAAGAGUGGCAUGUGCUUUUGUACCCGGCUCAUGACAUCGUUUAA